CGCUUGCUGCCGCGCGCUGGGCCCUGGGUUGGGGGCCUCCACGCCCCGCCGCUGCGCGCAGGGUGAGUGCAGGGCGCCGUCGCCUCGCCCCGAAAGUCAGCCCCGCUCUGAUUCCUGCACCCGCUCUGCGUCCCGUCCCUCCCCGCUCCCCCUCCAGCCGCUGAUUUUUUCAUCCAUUGAUUCAUGGCUUUAUUCAACAGUCGUGGACUAGGCACCUUACUUGCACCAGGUGCAGGGGCAAUGUGACCCAGGCCUGACGCGAGGUUCCCGGCCUGGGAGACAGACGCAGCAGGCGGUCCACACGUCUGUCUCCCGAGCUGGAGCAUUAGGUCCCGAGCCUGGGACUGGGCUUGCUUUGGACAUCUCUAAGCCCCAGCAUCUCGCACAGAAUGUGGCAUAAGGAGGCUCAAUGAUUGCUGGGUGAAGGAGUGGAAGCCCAUCCCUGUGCUAGGUUUUGUGGUUUGCACUUCAUCCUUUCAUUUAUUUAUUUGGACAUUCAUUUGAUUCCUGCACAUGGGAUUUGCCAUCCCCGUAAGAAAGACAGAAUCCAGUGGUGUUGAGAGUUGGUGUAGGUCCAGCAGACAGUGAGAGGCCAGAGUGAGCUCUGGGCUGAGGCCCCAGGAAUGUUCCAGAAGGAAAUGGAGCCAGCAUGUGACCAAAAGGAAGAGUAUGAUUGGUGAAGUGGAGAGGAGGGAAAAGGCACUCCAGUAGGGGCGAUGGUAUAAGCAAAGGUUUGGAAGUAAACUGUACACAGUGAUGGUAAAUUAAAUAAAACACCUCGUGUUUAUAGCAAUUUACAGUUCACAAAGUCCAGUCACUGGUAUCACCUCAUUUGAAUCCAGAGAGGUAUGUAAUGCAACUAUUGUUCUCUAUCCUCCUUUUAUAGGUGUGAAAAUAAUAUAACAGCCUCUUAUGUGUCAGAUGCUAUGCAUACAUUAUCUCAUUUAUUUCUCACCACAGUCUCUGAGACACAAUUAUGACCCCCAUUUCAUGGAUGAGAAAACGGAAGCUCCUUAAAACAGAAGAGUUACCCAAGGGCAGAAUUAGAAGUCACACUCAAGACCUGAGCCUGUGCUCUCUCCACUGUAUCAGGCUGUCCCCAAGCCUUAGCUAGUUGGGAUAGAAGCCCCUUUUUUCCUUCUUAUCUCCCUGUCUUCUUUCCUUCCAUCUUUUUCUUCCCUUCAUUUAUUCUGCAGGCAUUUCUCUAAAGAAUGUGUAAAUGAUUAUUGUGGGGAGAUGAAGCCAAGUAGGGCUAUAAAGGUAGCCUGGAGCCAGACCAUGUGAGGCCUUGACUGCCACUGCAUACACGUGGCCAUUUUUCCUUUAGUAGCAGUGACCCCCAUGAUUCCACCAGUCCCCAAAUGAACCUAGGGGCGAUGUAAAAUGGUGUGCUUUGCAUACCAGUACAGCUUUAAGUCCUCUAGCCAGCUUCCAAGCAGAUUACAGCCUCUUGGUAGAAAACCUCUUGGGUUUUCUGAACGCCUCUUGGGUAGAAAAUUCUGAAGCCACUCCUCGUGGGCAGUGGGGAGCCCCUGACUGUUCAUGAGCAAGGGAUUUGUGAGCAGACUGGGUCCCAGGCUAUGGGACAUGUCAGUCCACAGGGAGGGUCCUGAGGAAGAUGAUACCCAAGGGUUGAAUGGGCAGAGACAGGCAGGGGAAUAAGGGCAGAGGGUAUGGAUCCCCUAGGAUCUUGGGGGUGGUGUGGACAUGUCCCUUCUCCUCAGCUCUCUAAUAGCAGUGAUGUCACUACUCCUUUUCCUGAUGACAGCCAGAUCCUUCUGCUAUCAUCCUACCUCUGCUUUGACCAUCAUUUGGCUCAUGCCUCCAUUCUGCAUCACCAACACAUUAGCCCCGUGUCCUUCUAACUUUGUGAAGUCCCCCUUGCCUAGGCUCCCCUGACUCAGUGACUGCUCCCAUUUCCUAUUUCCCCCAUCUCUUCCGCUUCCAGCCCCUUCUGACCCCUUUUCUCACUCAUCAUAGGUCAUCUUGUGUUGGAUCUGGCCCAGGCCCGGUCCACACUGGUGCUGCCCACAGGCCUCAUCAACGCGGCCGGCACCAUGACAGUGACCCUGCGCAGCAGCCGGGAGUUGCCCUCAAGGCCUGAUGGGGUGCUGCACGUGGCUCUGCCCUCUGUGCUCACCCCACUGGCCUCACCAGGCCCACCGGGGCCCCCCAGGCCUCCGGGGCUCUGUGACGACAGCCCUACCAGCUGCUUCGGGGUGGGCAGCCCUCAGGAGGAAGGGCUGGCCUGGGAGGAGCCAGCGGCCCCUCCGGAUGUGUUCUCAGGCCCUGCCCGCUGCCCUGCCCCGUACACCUUCUCCUUCGAGAUGCUGGUCACUGGGCCAUGCCUGCUAGCAGGCCUGGAGAGCCCUUCUCAUGCUCUGCGGGCAGAUGCCCCACCUCAUGCCAGCUCCGCAGCCACCAUCUGUGUCACAUUAGCAGAGGGCCACCACUGUGACCGGUCAUUGGAGAUCCUGCUGCACCCCAGUGAGCCCCACCAGCCACACCUGAUGCUAGAGGCCGGCAGCCUGAGCUCAGCAGAAUAUGAGGCCCAGGUGAGGGCCCGCCGGGACUUCCAGAGGCUACAGCGAAGGGACAGUGAUGGGGACCGGCAGGUGUGGUUCCUGCAACGACGCUUCCACAAGGACAUCCUGUUAAACCCCGUGCUGGUGCUGAGCUUCUGCCCGGACCUGAGCUCUAAGCCUGGAAACCUGGGCACAGCCACACGGGAGCUUCUCUUCCUGCUGGAUGGCAGCAGCAUAGCGCACAAGGAUGCCAUUGUUUUGGCUGUGAAGUCACUGCCACCACAAACGCUCAUCAACCUGGCCAUGUUUGGCACGUCGGUGCGGCCCCUCUUCCCAGAGAGCCGGCCUUGCAGUGAUGACACUGUGCAGCUGAUCUGUGAGAACAUUGAGACCCUGCAGGCUGAGAGUGGUCCCCCAGAUGUGCUGGCUGCACUGAACUGGGCCAUGGGGCAGCCCCAGCACAAGGCCCGCCCUCGGCAGCUCUUCCUCCUGACUGCUGCCUCGCCCGUGGCCGCUGCUACCCAUCAAACCCUGGAGCUCAUGAGGUGGCACAGGGGGGCAGCCAGGUGCUUCUCCUUUGGGCUGGGGCCUGCCUGCCACCAGCUGCUCCAGGGGCUGUCUGCCCUCAGCAGGGGCCAGGCCUACUUCCCAAGGCCUGGGGAGAGGCUGCAGCCCAUGCUGGUGCAGGCUCUCCGGAAGGCACUGGAGCCUGCUUUGAGUGACAUCUCUGUGGACUGGUUUGUGCCUGAUGCGGUGGAGGCACUGCUGACCCCCCGGGAGAUCCCAGCACUCUACCCUGGGGACCAGCUGCUCGGCUACUGCUCACUCUUCAGGGUGGAUGGCUUCCGGUCCCGUGCCCCAGGGGGCCAAGAACCUGGCUGGCAGAGCUUGGGAGGCUCCGUGUUCCCAUCCCCAGAGGAGGCACCAUCUGCCACCAGUCCUGGCACUGAGCCCACUGGCACCUCGGAGCCGUUGGGAACGGGCACUGUGUCAGCAGAGCUGUCCAGCCCGUGGGCUGCUGGGGACUCAGAGCAGACAGGUACUGAUGCUUUGACAGACCCAGUCACAGACCCUGGACCCAAUCCCUCCUCUGACACAGCCAUAUGGCGCCGCAUCUUCCAGUCAUCGUACAUCCGGGAGCAGUAUGUGCUCACUCACUGCUCUGCCAGCCCAGAGCCAGGUCCAGGCUCCACAGGCAGCAGCGAGUCCCCUGGCUCCCAGGGCCCUGGCUCCCCUGAGGGCACUGCUCCCCUGCAUCCCCCUUCUCAGCAGGGCUGCCGCAGCCUGGCCUGGGGAGAACCUGCAGGCUCCCACUCCUGCCCCCUGCCUCUACCCCCAAUGGCUCCAGUCAAGCCUGGGGCCUUGAGUGCUGAGGUGCUGGGUCGUCGACGCAGAGCAGCUCUGGCUGGCCGGAGCCUCUCAUCUCCCCCAGGCCAGGUGAACCCAGUCCCUGGCCGUCCCCGGCACCCCUCUCUGGGCAUAGCACCAGAUGGGCCAGGCCCUGAGUCAGGGCAGCAGCUGGGACAGGGCCUGGAUGACUCAGGAAAUCUGCUCUCCCCGGCCCCCAUGGACUGGGACAUGCUGAUGGAACCCCCCUUCUUAUUCACAGCUAUGCCCCACAACGGGGAAUCAGCCUCUCCAGCAGUGGAACUGCCUCCUCAGGCUCCACGCUGCCACGUGGUGAUCCGAGCCCUGUGUGGGGAGCAGCCUAUGUGCUGGGAGGUGGGUGUUGGGCUAGAGACACUAUGGGGACCUAGUGAUGGCUCACUGCCUCCGUCACCCCCUCAAAGAGAAAGUGCUUGGGACCAAGCACUCCAUCGGCUGACAGCAGCCUCCGUGGUCCGGGACAAUGAGCAGCUGGCUCUCCGUGGAGGGGCUGAGGCCAUGGCUGACCAAGGCCAUGCCCGGAGGUCCUGGCUCCGAGCCCUUCAGACGAGCAAGGUCAGCUCUGCCCCUUCCUGCUUCACCUGCCCCGUAGCUGUGGAUGCUACCACCAGGGAGGUCCUACCCUCAGCCCUGCAGGUGCGGAGCUCAGAGCUAGCUGAGCCCCCAAGCACUUCUGCCUCUCAAGGCCAACUAGAUGCAACUCCUCUGCCUACAGCUGUCCACACUAAAGGACUUCAGGGAGGCUCUGUGGUAGGUGGCUGGAACCCAGACCAAAAUGGCAACUCCAAGUCAGUCACCAGAAGUCCUCAUCGCCUGCCCCCCCAGCCUCCCUCUAGGCUCAGCCUAGGCGGUGGGAGGGCCAGAGGCUCUGACAGCCACAGACUCUGCAGCACCAACCGGGGCCAGGCUGGCGACAGCAACAGUAAAGGCAGCGACCACGACUACCUGCCCUUGGUGCGGCUGCAGGAGGCACCCGGCUCCUUCCGCCUAGACGCACCCUUCUGUGCAGCAGUACACAUCCCUCGGGAGCGCCUGUGCCGCGCUUCGCCCUUUGCUGCGCACCGCGCCAGCCUCAGCCCCACCUCGGCCUCCUCUCCCUGGGCACUUCUGGGGCCUGGUGUUGGCCAGGGUGACAGUGCCACGGCCUCCUGCAGCCCGUCCCCCAGCUCAGGCUCUGAGGGUCCAGGCCAGGUGGACAGCGGACGGGGUUCAGACACUGAGGCCUCAGAGGGCGCAGAAGGGCCCGGAGGUGCGGACCUGCGGGGCCGGACCUGGGCCACCGCCGUGGCGCUCGCCUGGCUGGAGCACCGCUGCGCUGCUGCCUUCGGCGAGUGGGAACUGGCAGCAGCUAAAGCUGACUGUUGGCUACGGGCCCAGCACCUACCUGAUGGCCUUGACCUAGCUGCCCUCAAAGCUGCAGCCCGGGGUCUCUUCCUGCUGCUGCGCCACUGGGACCAGAACCUGCAGCUACACCUGCUGUGCUACAGCCCCGCAAACAUGUGAGGGCUGCCCACUGCUCUGGCUGGCGCUGCCCAACACACUCGUCACUGCCACCGGGGCCGGCUUCUCGGUACUGGGAGGGGCAGGCCGGUAUCCACCUGACCCCUACUGCUUCUCAUCCCCUUCCCAGAACCCCCCUGCCCUCACAGAAAGUGCCUGCCUGUGCUCUCUCCCACUCCUCCCAUCCCAUGCCUCUUCCCCUCUGAGCUCUGUGCAGUGCGGUGGAAGGGUAGAGAGCCACAGUCCCCAAAUCCUAUGCAAUAAAGUGCCUCUUAAGACUG